CUUCAUUUCGAUUGUUCUGAAGAGCCGUCGAGAACACAGCAGUUCGUUCAAAAGAAACUAAAAUGCCGCGAGUUUACAUUGGACGACUGAGCUAUCAUAUCCGUGAAAAAGACGUUCAACGAUUUUUCAGCGGAUAUGGAAAACUCAUGGAGAUUGAUUUGAAAAACGGCUAUGGAUUUGUGGAGUUUGAAGAUAACCGGGAUGCUGACGAUGCCGUAUACGAGCUGAACGGGAAGGAGCUGUGCGGAGAGCGCGUGAUCGUUGAGCAUGCCCGGGGCCCGCGGCGAGACCGGGAGUCCUACGGCGGCGGCGGUGGUGGUGGCGGCGGCGGCGGAGGAGGAGGAGGAGGAGGUGGUGGAGGAGGCGGAGGAGGAGGGGGCUACUGGGGUGGUGGGCGCAGUAGCGGUAGUGGUUACAGCAGCAGGAGCCGCUCAGGCCGGGAUAAGUAUGGACCACCAGUUCGUACUGAGUAUCGUCUGGUUGUGGAGAACUUGUCCAGUCGCUGCAGUUGGCAAGACCUCAAGGAUUUCAUGCGCCAGGCAGGUGAGGUAACUUAUGCCGACGCCCACAAGGAACGUACCAAUGAGGGGGUGAUCGAAUUCCGGAGCUACUCUGAUAUGAAGAGGGCUCUAGACAAGCUGGACGGUACUGACAUCAACGGGCGCAAGAUUCGAUUGGUGGAGGACAGACCUCGCAAACGGAGGUCCUACUCCGGCAGCCGCUCCAGAUCUCGUAGUCGCCGCCGCUCCCGCAGCAGGAGCCACAGUCGCUCGAGGAGUCGCUCCAGGUCGCGCUCCAGAUCUCGCUCUCGCAGCAACAAGAGGAGACAUCACUCCCGUUCCAGGUCUGAAAGGAAGUCUCGCUCCAAGUCCGGAGAAAGGAAAUCGCGGUCUCGCACCAACAGGUCCCGCUCUCGAUCCCAGAAGUCCAAAUCCCAUUCGCAGUCUCGCAAAUCUCGUUCCCGUUCAGCUGAGAGGAAGUCGAAGUCCCGCUCGAAGAGUCGCUCCAAAGGGAAGUCGGAGAGGGAUUCUCGAAGUCGCUCGAAGGAGAUGUCGACCGACAAGAAGUCCCGAAGCCGCUCGGCUUCCCCGGUUGAGAACGGAAAAGAGGAACGAGCUGCUAAAUCCGCAUCCCGUUCUCCAUCUCCACAGGGAGGCGAUCGUCGGUCUAAAUCGGGAGAGAAACGUUCGGUGUCUCGCUCAAUGUCCCGCUCCAGGUCUCGCUCGCGGUCCAGAUCUGCCUCUCAGGAUUAGUGGAAGAGGAGAAAUGUGUUUUUCGUAUUUUUUUGAGCUCAGUUCAUAUUGCUGUACAUAGUGAGCGGUGUUGUGUAAUUACAGGCUUCUCAUUUAGUCAUCUUCUUUUUGCCACAGCUACUUUUGUUGGGAGUAUUUUGAGAGCUGCCUCCUAAUAUCACACCUGCCACACCUGUUCCCAGUUGUAUUGCAGGAUUUUCAGUUUUGCCGACCCAACAGCUCUGGUUUAAUAGUCGAGCUUUAUUUUCUUUGAAAUAAAUGUUUUCUUAAAACAUAUUUUCCAUUGUGAUGAUAAAUUGUUGUAUGAACGCUCCUUAAAAAUAAAAAUAAAAUAAAACACUUUUUCUUUAAAUUAGUGUUAACGCAGCUGAAAGCUUUCUUUUUGCUUGGAGCUGAUUUAUUUCAUGCUCAAAUGUGGAGUAGUUUUAGUAGUAUGUGACCCACAGCAGUUUAUUUGACCUUUAGCUUUUCUACAAAUCAGCAGAAAAUCUGUAUUUCAUUUUUAAACAGUUUGCCUCAUAUGUGCAUAUCCCUUUUAAACUUCGUGUAUAUAAACCAAUUUAAAAAAGCA